AUGACGUCACGUCACAACAGUGACAGGCGUUCUUCCGGGUGGCAAAAGCCGAAGCGUUCUCCAAAGAAAGCUGUCCAUUUCCAGCGUGAUCAGAGUUUGGAGCUGGCUUGCUGGGAGUUGUGGGGAGACUCGACAGGUCAGCGGGUGUGAGCUGUCCCAUCAGCCACUUACCUUAAUCCAGCGCCGGGUGACCUCUCCUCCCCUUCCGACGUCAGCUCCCGAGUGGAGCCAUGCGCAUAUUAAAACCGCUCAUAGGAAAGCAUUAGUCAAUGCUUUGCUAUGGACGUUCUCCGUGCUCAAUGCGAUUUUUCGCAUUGAGAGUCGCGUAAGCCCCUCUAGAGGCUGUCAGGAAGACAGCUACUAGAGGAUGGAUUAACCCUGCAAUGUAAACACAGCUAAAACCUGGAGGACCUGGUACCCAGACCACUUCAUUGAGCUGAAGUGGUCUGGGUGACUAUAGUGGUCCUUUAAGUUAGCUGCUUGAUAUAUGAAAAUCAGAUUCUGGUUUAUACAGUAUUGCAAAGUCAGGAUUAUUUACAGGAGAUAUUGGGGUUUAUCUAUAUUGCACUUUCUAUUUUUGGUUUUUAUAGGUUUUUUUUUUUUAGGGAAGUAUUUCUGUCCACAGAUAAAAAAUAUGAUGAUUUCGUUUUUGUCAUUUAUUUUAUUAUUGAGGUAAACGGAUGACAAUCAUAUUAGACAUAAAAUGUAAAAAAAAAAAAACACCUAUGGACUGCAUAUAUGUAGAGUAGACAGAUAAACAAUUCAAUUUUAUGUAAGAGAAAAAAGACAGAAAAUAAUAACUGCAUUAAUCAGAAGCAUAUCUCAGUUAUGUGGUGGCAGUAAAGUGUCCAAAUUAAAGAAGAGUAACAUUGCAGAUUCCCUUCAGGACAGUCCAGGUCAUGGAUCAACCUAUGCCUUCCACACGCUGUAUAGAACCCCAGAUUAUGACAGCCAGCCAGGUGGUCGUAGGCCCAGGUGAAGGCGCAGACCCUAACAGAAAGAUGUUUACGUGCAGCAGGAACCACAACACAUUGCCAAUUCCAGGUGCCGUGUAUGUAUUUAACUUCUACUGUCUGAGAUAAAGGCGGCAGCUAGGCUGGCUCCUAAUUCUCACUUUUAGGCGAGACAGAAGAUGCUGGUUUCUGAUCAUGGGGAGGUAUGGUCCAUUGCUUUGCCGUCUGUAUACUUUCUCCAGGGGCAAGAGACUCUAAGUGGGGGACUUGGAAGUAAGGUCAGUAUCUUCUUCACUGUUGCAGGGGGCAACGAUUAUUGGCUGACCUUGGACCAGAAUUAUUUUUUAAAACUGGUCUAGUGUGUACAUUGCAGAAGAUUGCUGGCCCUGGGGGUUGAGUAGUGAUGCAGCCUUAGCCAUAUUAGAUAUGACAGGGCACACUCAUCUUGUUUUUUGAGCCGUAUAGCUGGCCACAGAAACCUGAUAAUUGCCGAGGGGGGAGAUCGUGGAGAUACAAAAAUCUGUGGAUAAUAGAAAGGUAAUGUGUGGAGGGAUGGGCCGCCUCCCUUUUGUCUGUGAUUGGUAGGCUGCUUGUAGGACACAUUAUUACUAUUAUUUAUAGAGCGCCAGCAAAUUCCGUAGCGCUGUACAGUGGGGAUGUUUGUUCCACUCAAAAUCCCCCGAUUAUCACCAGAGCUACUUCAAAGAAGUAUACUCUGGUACCUUCAGGAAUUAUAAGUAGCGCCUAAAUGCAUGCAAUGCCGGCAAUAAGUCAGCAGAAAGUGAGAUUAAUGGCUAUUUCACACAGAGCUCUCGUGAAGUGCAUCUGAACAGCAUGGCAGUUAGGCCCUGCCCCAAACAUGCUGAUCUGCCAUGACAGAAAUGACAGACUCCAAACAAACUUUAGCAAAAUUAAGCGCUUCGUGUGUUUAGAGUGAUUUCCUCUGAGGGAUAUUCCAAGCACCAUGACCACAUCAGUGUUUUUAAUUGUCAAGGACCAUGUUUGAAAUGCUGCACAUACUUAGAUAUCAAAUAUUACUGCCGCGGUUAUAACUCCACCCCCGGCAACGUCAUUAGUCAGCACGAACUAGAGUUUCUGGCUAGUUAAUAUCAACUGUGUGUAUAUUUCUUUGCACAGUUACUUAUAAAUUGGCUGAAGGCACUUGUUUGAAGCUUUCAGCCAAUGAAUGACCGGCAAAUGUUGUUCACUCAGCACUCAGUUUGGUGCCGAAAACCUAUUAAGGGGGAAGUUCACCAGGGUACUCCUAGCACCAUUACCACAGUGGAUUGCAGUAGUAAUGAUGCUCAGAGGAACCCUUUAACUGUCAUGCCUUUUACUCAGCAAGGCUUUCUCCUAAAAACUAUUUAACCAUGAACACACCAAAACCACCCCAAGACUCCUACCUGCAUAGGCGUGAGCACGGGCCUGUGAGUCCUGCAGGAACACGUGGGGACGCCGUUCCCGCUGUUCCUGCAGGCACUCUGCCAUCCCCAAAUGCCCUCCUCCUCUUCCCCCCGUGUUCCCCCUGUCGGGGGGGGGGGAGCAAGAGGUGAUGGACAACCCCCCCACACCCCCGGUUGGGCGCCUAUCUCCAUACAACAAGUGGCGAGGUAGCUGUGUGCGCUCUGCUUCCUCACGCCGUGCGCCGUUUGCUGAUGCCGGGAGCCGGAAUAUGACAUCAUAUUCUGGCUCCCAGCUACAGCAGACAGCCCACGCGGCAGGAGGGAGCAGAGAGCACACAGCUCCCUCGCCGUGGCUGAGAUGGAGACAGGCGCCUGACCCACUGGACCCCAGGGACAAGUCCACACCAGCUCUCCAGGUAGGGAGGCUGGUUGGACAAUUUUUAAUAAAAAAAUUAUAAUUUGUGUAUGUGUGUGUGCCUGUAAGUGUCUGUGAAUGUAUGUGUGUGUCUGUAAGUGUAUGUGUGUCUGUGUGUCUGUGAAUGUAUGUGUGUGUCUGUGAGUGUAUGUGUCUGUAAGUGUAUGUGUGUCUGUGAAUGUAUGUGUGUGUGUCUGUUAGUGUAUGUGUCUGUAAGUGUGUGUCUGUGAAUAUAUGUACACACACACGAGUGUAUAUAAUUUUUUUGGGGGGGUGGGAAUCUUGGGAGAGUUCCCACACUUUAUUCCCCAGGACUUGACCCCUGCCGGCAGGGGAGAUCUCCGGAUCUUCCCUGUUGGCUCAUGCAGAGCUGGCGCUAUCUGAGUGCCGUCUCUGCUCUAAGCCUCCAUGGGCCGGCGGGGAGAUCAAAGAUCUACCUCACCAGCCCACAGGAGCAUGGAGAGAGGCAGGAGAGGAUCCGGGGAGCUCUAGACAGAAGCUCCGCCAGGUUUCUCUCGCAAGAUCUGAGCGUUGCCGCGGCAACGCUCAGAUCUCGUGAGAGUGAACUCCAGCCCCGCAGGCUAGAGUUCACUCUCCCUUGGACAGCAAGGAUCCCCCCUCCCUACAUAAGGUAAGAAGGGAGGGGGGUUAUUUACUAAUCUGCCCCCACCUUCACAAUGUCUCCAAACAUACAGCACACACACACAUACAGCACCUACACACACACAGCACCUAUACAUAUACAGCACCCUAACACAAACAGCGCGCGCAAACAGCACCCUCACAUGCACAGCACACUCACACACACAGCACACAAACAGCACCCACACAUACAGAGCAUCCUCUCACACACACACAGCACACUAACAGCACCCUCACAAACACACACAGCACCCUUACAAACACACAACACCCUCACACACAGCACCCUUACAAACACACAACACCCUCACACACAGCACACUAACAGCACCCUCACACAAACAGCACAAUCACACACAGCACACUAACAGCACCCUCACAAAUACACGACACAAACAGCACCCUCACACACACAGCACACUAACAGGACCCUAACACACAUACACAAACACCCUCACACAUAGCACACUACCAGCACCCUCACACACACACACAGCACUCUCACACAUCACACAAACAGCACACACACACAAACAGCAGUAUAUGUAUGUGUGUGUAUGUAUAUAUAUAUAUAUAUAUAUAUAUACAUGCGGCGUGUGUUUGUGCUUUAGGGUGCACACCCUAAUGCAAUAGGCUGCGCACGCCUAUGCCUACCUGUAAACACACUGUCUGGGUUAUUCACUAAAGUGAGAAUUGCAGGGAAGUCAGUUAUGUUUUCAAUUUGGAUAUUUUGGCCUUAAAUUUGAAACUCUCUUUGAAUUCCUGGCAAUUCUCAGUUUAGUGAAUACCCCUGUUUAACCCUCAAUUGCCUGGGGUAAAAACAAAAUUUUAAGCAUUGUAGAGCAGUUCAACAUAUAUUUUUGGAAAAGGCCAGCUGCAGUGGAUGCUGCACGGUUACCCGGUGGCACCCAUAUAAGUUGUCAAACUGUGCAAAAACAAUAUGACAUUUUACAGAAUUACAGUGCUGGGCACUCUUGGCACCACAACCACUGUAGCACACUAUCUGGUUAUUGUGCUAGAAGUGCUCAUUUGACAGUCACUCUGGUCACGAGGAAGGAUUUAGCAGUUACCAAGAUGCAGGAUUAAUUUCUAUUGGUGAUAGUUACUGUGUGAUUUGAUAUUAAUUUCUAGUGGUUGUAAUUAGUUUGAUUUUAUAUAAGUUUCUAAUGCCGCUGGUUAGUUUGAUUUUAUAUAAGUUUCUAUUGGUGAUAGUUACUGUUUGAUUUGAUAUACGUUUAUAGUGGUGGUAGUUACGGUUUCAUUUGAUAUUAAUUUCUAUUGGUGAAAGUUACUGUUUGAUUUGAUAUAAGUUUAUAGUGGUGGUAGUUACUGUUUGAUUUGAUAUAAGUUUAUAGUGGUGGUAGUUAGUUUGAUUUGAUAUAAGUUUAUAGUGGUGGUAUUUACUGUUUGAUUUGAUAUGUUUCUAUUGGUGAUAGUUACUGUUUGAUUUGCCAUCCUAUAGCAAGGUAUGAGCCCAUACUAUAAUUAUUAUGAUAUUUAUAUAGCGCCAUCAAAUUCCACAGCGCUUUACAAUGGGUGGACGAACAGACAUGUAUUUGUAACCAGACAAGUUGGACAGAGGGGUUGAGUGCCCUGCUCAAUGAGCUUACAUGCUAGAGGGAGUGGGGUAAAAUGACACAAAAAGGUAAGGGUAGUAUUAGACUAGUGACAGUUGCAGAAGAGGAAUCAGUCAGGAGCUAUUAACAGUUUAAUUGAUACGCUUUUAUGAAGAAGUGGGUUUUUAACGAUUUUUUGAAGGAGUGGAGACUGGGUGAGCAUGUAACGGAGGAGGGAAGCAAGUUCCACAGGAACGGUGCAGCCCUCGAUAAAUCUUGAAGGCGAGCAUCAGAGGUGGGAGUACGGACAGAAGAUAGACGUAAGUCUUCAGCAGAGCGUGAGGGCCUAGAUAAUAAAUAGCAAUAUCUGUAUAGUUUGUUUUGUAGUGGGGUGAUUCUCCUCCAUAUUUUUGGUGAUUGCCUUUAGUGCAAGGCGGCUCUUUCCUUAUACUAAACAUACAUAGACAGCUUUUACACCAGAAAUCUGCUUUAAGGAUGUCUUUUAGUGUUUGACUAACACCGAAUUGUUACUAUAAAUGUCAGUCCCGCUGCGAUACGCCUCUGAGGACUGAGCAGAGCGCACUGUGCUUGCAGCCCCUUCGCUAGUUUUACGGUUAAUGGCUCUGGCAUAGCGCAUGCAGUAGCAGGGGCGCAGUACGUGGAACACGCUCACUAGCUCAGCCUUCCUCUAACGGCGACCGUUACCACCGCGCUCGCCCCGCCUCCUGCUCUGACGUCACCACGCACGAACGCGCAGCACGCAGGGCGCGAACUUUUUGAAAAGAACUCAGGGACCGGAAGCGGGUGACCGGACUCGGUAUGUAACCACGGGCACGGCUUUACUAUUUACCGUACGGUGUAACAGUGACAGCGCGAGAACCCCCGGACUGUCUGUAUUGUAAACCCCCCGAGCGGGCUAGUCACUAAAGUGCGAAUAAAGAGGGAAUUUCAGAUUUAAGGCCAGAGUAGCCGAACUGCAAGGAAUGGAUUGAGUUUUUCCAGUUCGGCUAUUUUGACCUUAAAUGUAAAUAACCCAGUAAGUAGGAGUGUGAGCAUGCUGACUCACUAUGACAUCUCUCUGAUAUUUACCGCUCACUGCAGGAUCAGGCUGGCAACACGGGAUUUGCAAUGGACACAUAUAGUUUCUCUUAUGAACAUAUUAAUGUGGCUAUUACAGAGGAACGCUCACUUGCUGAACUUCAGAAUGUUCUAAUGAAAAGCUUUGUUUAUUUUUUUGAAAUAUCACGCUUACAUUUUAGUUUUUUCUAAUUUACAUUAUCAUGCGCUGUCAGAGAUGGCAAUUUAUAUAUAUUUUUUUAUAAUUCUUUAUUUUGAGCGGUGCAUCUUUCAGAUAAUGCAGAUUUUAUCCAUCAUGUCAGCAUAGCAUCACAAGAGCAUAGACAGGAGUAUAAGUGGGACAUGAUCAGUGAAAAAGGAACACCUUUUUAUAUUUUUUUCCUCUCCAUUCUUAUGUGCCCUCUGCCACCUUGUGUAUCUACUAUUGGGUGUAGGGAGCAGUAAGGUUGUUUUGAAACUGAAGAUGUAGACAGCGGAAACAACAAAAUAUAUACAAUAAGAUUGGGCUCCGACCGGAUUUUUCCCCAUAGUCAAGUCUCUGCUGAUGAGAAGCUCCCAUGUCGUGGCACAAAGGGGACCACCAUCUCAGGAUUCCAUAUUCUGUUCGUGGUACUUCCAUCGAUGCUGAGGUCAGGUGCCUCUAUCCCGAGGGCUGCGUAGAGUGUAAGUGCCUCUGUGAGUGUGCGGAGUGUGUGGGAAGUUCCAUUUAGGGUUACGAGUAAGGUGCCUUACAUUCCCCAGCGGUAUGGCACUCCUUUGGACUGGAGGUGAGUCGUGAUGGGACCCAUUUGUCUGCGCCACUGCAGCAACAUUGUCCUAGUUAGGUCUUGAAAGAAAUUUAAUGAGGAGUACUCAAACUGCAGUGGGGGUUUUACCUCAUACUGCCACCAUAAUACGGUCUUUGUCAUUCACAGAGGUGCAGCGGACAAUCACGUCCCAUGGAUCAGGGGUGGAGGGCUUGGCCAUGCUGGUGAUUGGGAAUACGCUAUCUAGUGUGACUGUUUUGGCCACUGCUGGUGGGAGUAUGGCGGUUAACAGCCUCUCAGUAUAAUGCGGGAGUUCUUCAGCUCCUACCAGCCACUGGUAUGCCUCGGAUUUUAAUGUUUUUCCGUCGUAGUUGAUCUUCAAGGGUUGUCAGCCAGUGUGCCAGUGCCUGGUGGUGAGUAUUGAGCUGCUGUACUGGGCUCUUGAGGUGGGACACCUCAUUAUGGAUAUCCAGGAUGCUUUCCUCCAUGGCCUUUAUGCGGUCUGUGUUGGCAUGAAUUUCCAUGCGUACACGUGCAAGGUCAGCCGCCAUCAUGCAAGGAGUUGUUUGAGGCCACCUUUAGUGGUCGGUGCCAUGCUGUCCACCUGCUGUAAGCUUUGGGAUGGCUCAUGGUGGGGUGUUUGCCAAGUUCCCAUGUCCCUGCUCUCUGUCCCCGAGGGUGGCACCGCUGUGGCGUGGUCGGCCUCUGCUGAUGGAGUCUUCGAGGCUGCUGGUCUCUGGAGCAUAGCUCCUAUGUCCCUCUCGGGUUUCUGCGUUCGUUUCAUAUUUGGAGUGUCGGGCAGCGGGGGCGACCAGAGCUGCUCCUGGGUGUUUGGGCUGUGCGCUCCAACAAGGGAGUCAAGGAGCGAGUCUAGACCUUUUAGGCGUCAGGUAGCGAUAGGCCCCAGAUCUGCGCCUCUGUUUAAUUUUCCUCGGGGUGUACUGAAAGGGCAUCGGUCGAUGCGGUAUAGUGGCCUGUGUGCAGUUUUCGUGGUUUAGAAGCUUAAUGGUGAGUUGGGAAGUAGAUAUUAGGUGGAUUUUGCUGGGCCCGUGAGGAGCUCAGAGAAAUGGCGACUGUUCAGUUUCAUGCGUUAGCUCCGCCCAAUUAUAUUUAACACCUGCAGAGCUGUAACCACUGCACAAGGAAGGAGUCUUUGUGAACCUGUACAGUAUUUAUGUAAAUACACAUGAGCAUGUAUGAAGCAUCACGGAGAGACAAAGCUUUGUUGCCAAUAACAGAGAUAUGUAGCUAUGUAGCCGAUUUAUAUGUUUUUUUCCCUUCACUUUCACUUCUGCUUCUGUUUCACACUUAAAGGGACACUAUAGUCACCUGAACAACUACAGCUUAAUGUAGUUGUUCAGGUGAGAUCUAUAGCUCCCUGCAGGCAAUCUAAUGAAAAUACAGUGUUUACAUUGAUUGAAAGGAAUACCUCCAGUGGCCGUCACUCAAACGGCCACCAGAGGGACUUCCUAUCAUGCAGGGCCCUAAAAAGGCCUUAUACACGUCAGACGUAUUAAAAUACGUCUGACGUGUGCAGGAGAGAGAAGGCACUGUGUGCGCGCCUUCUCUCUUCUGCCUGUCAGCAGAGGAGAGGGGGUGGGCAAAGACCGCGAGCUGAGCUCUCAGCUACCGACCGCGCACAUGCGCAGUAGUGUGCUCAGGACUUCCCCGUUCAUGAAUGCCGCCCUCUGAAGUAUGUGCGCAUGUGCGGCGAAGCCGCGCAUGCGCACAAGGGAGCAAUGACUUCCAAAUGCAAGCGUCUGAUUGCUCCCUGCUCUCGCCCGCCUAUUUAGUCAUUUUGACGAAAUAGGGGGGGGCGGCUUCACAAGGCUCCCGGCGCUGGAACCAGGUGAGUAAAACGGGUUGGCUGGAGAGUCCUUUUAAACGCUUCAAUAAUGAUUCCAUCUGGUGGAAACAUUGAUUUGUAUGUUGUUGUUUUUUUGCCCUUUAAUAAAGGGACACAUGUUAUGUAGUGCUUGACUGUCUUUAUUUUUAGACUUCUAGAGAAGUGACAGUUCUGCUCUACUCCAGGCACCAUAACUUCGUCACAAUCACGGUGUCUGGGGCACCAUCUUCCCACGUAGCGUUUAACUUUUUCUAUACAGUUUAACCCAUAAGUUUUCUUAACUGUGUCUGAACUCUUGGUCCCUCUACCACCAGCCUUUGCUUCAAUGUGUAAGUCUUUUAGUGAGAGCUGCUGGAUGGGGCUGAUGCACAUGUACGGUGAGUGCCGCAAGCGCCUUAGGCCCUCCCCAUAGGAAAGUAUUGCUUCAGUGCUUUCCAAUGGGGAUUUUACUGAUACUGAAUAUCCUCAUGCAAAAUGUGAGGACAUCCAGCAUCAGGUGCAACAUCGCCUAGCCACCAGGAAGUGUCUCUAUCUAAUUGACAGCCACGGGAGGCAGUCUUAGUCCUGCAAUAUAAUCAUUGCAACUUCUCUAAAACGGCAAUGAUUUACAUUGCAGAAGUAAGAGGGACAGGAACACUGCACCCACACCACUUUAGUGAGCUGAAGUAGUCUGGGUGCCUAUAUUGUUCCUUUAAAAAUUCCAGCUGUCACUGUGGUGUUGAUUCACUAAACACCAAAUUGUGACUAGUUGAAAACUGAAUAGCAUAUUUAUGCUAAAAUAGCUAAGCUUUGACCAUGGCAGAGUUUAAGAAUUUUUCCAAAUCUACAACUUUUGUCAAAAUUUUGCAGUUUGGUCUUAAAUUCAGCAAUAAAGGGCCUUUCAAACUAUCAUGACCACUUCUAUUAGAAAUCUGCCAUUUUAUUCUGGGGUUUUGUUCUAGUCACAUCCGCUGCACAUGUACAUAAGUCAGCCUUGAACAGGGAUAACUAAUGUUAAUUCUGUGCAAAAAUGACAUCUGUCAUCAACACUGUAGAUCAGGGGUUCUCAACCCAGUCCUCAUGACCCCCUACCAGUCCAGGAUUUGGGGAUUACCUGGGUGUGUCUCAGGUGUUUAGAAAAAGGGAAAAAAACACCUUAGACUCUAAGGUGUUUUUUUUUUCCUAAACACCUUAGACACACCCAGGUAAUCCCUAAACCCUGGACUGGUAGGGGGUCCUGAGGACUAACGUUGAGAACCCCUGCUCUAGAUUCUUCACUCGCAGGCAGCACUGUGAGCGAGCCUACAAUUAAAAGUCGAAUCUACAGUGGUGAACUAGAUACAAAGUGCACAGUAGGAUGUAUAAGUUGGAAACCGACAGUAUAUACCUAAAAUAAUAAAACAUUUUAAUUUUUUUUACACAAAGGGAAAGUUACACUUUGGGAGAGGGGGAGAAAAGAAACCUAGGGGAGGGAGGGAGAAGGGGAGGAAAUAACUAUGGGGUAGGGGAGGGAGGGGGAAGGAAAGAACACUAUGGGACAUGGGAGGGGAGAAAACUAUGGUUUGUGGGUGGGAAAGAACACUAGGGGGGAAGAGAGAGGAACAUUAAGGGAGGGCACUAAGGUACAGGAAAGGGAAAAGGAACACUGGGCUGGGGGGGCACUAAAAGAUACACACACACACACACACUGCAUUUACUAAUAAAAUACUCUCACUGCAUCCACUACACACAAAUAUAAAUAUUCCUGAAAGCAUAGAAAAAAAAUCUGACUGGCAGGUAUAUUUUGUGCAUUUACCACUUAAUAAAAAAAAUUGCAAAAAGAUUUUUCUCAAAACGGUAAAUGUACAGAAUAUCGUUCGGCUAUGGGACUGAAAGUUCACAGAUUAUGAGCCGGUAUCGGCUCUAAAAAAAAAUCAAUAUCGGUUGAUCCAUACACUGGUUCCAUUGAGUUAUAAGUAGAGUCCACUAGUUAUUAAAAUCCCUUUUGAAGAAUAGAUUAUAUAUUGGCUUCCCUGUUAUCUAAUUUCAAUUCUGCCACUAAUUUAAAGGAUGCUUCUCAGGAUAAUUAAUAUUCUAUUUACACAGGGAUACAUUUUUCCACCAUUUUUAGCCAGUGGUGAGUGACAAUUUAGCCCUGGUGAGUAGAAAUUCAUUCCUGGUGGGUAUACUAUGGCUUUUAGUGGCGAGUAACUUGUUACUAGCAGCACUACAAAUUUCAAGUCGUUUUACCUGUCCUCUAUAUUUAUCAAAAUGUUUUUAAUAGGUCUGAAAAAUAAAAUUGAACAUAGAAAUCCACGUGUCUGUUUUGGAACUGGGCAUUUCCAUCUUGGCAUCAUUGUAAUAAAUGUUGCCCUUUUCUGCCAAGAACAAUGGAAGAGGAGAAAUAAAAACAAUAUUAAUUUUCGCCUUCUCUCUAGCAUUGUAUGUUAUGUCUGUGCCUGGAUCAAUCUGGUACAACUGUUGAUAAAUUUAUAAGAAUACAGAGCAUUGCAUGUGAAAGGUUUGGCCCAUGUUAUGGUGAUUUUUCAAUGUUUAAUUCAGUGGUGUAAUUUUCAGAGUAGUGACCGUCCCAUUUUAACGCCUUUCCUUUCUUCAUUGUAUUGCAAUUCAGCAAACUCGUUCGUGGCACUAAAUUUAGCUAUAUAUACUUAUUUAUUGUAGCGUUUCUAAUGAUAUGGCUCUUACCUUUCCCUCACAAUCCCUAUAUCACCCCCUUCUAUAUAUUUAUCGCAUUCAAAUAGCUACGUGCUACUUUAGCAGACUCCUUAAAAAGUUUCAUUUUAUUAUAUGAUUGCUGUUUAACUUUUACAUUAAGAACAAAUUGAAAGCUAUCCUUAGUAAUUGUUUUCUUUUGGCUGUUUGCAAACCUUUUAUUUCAGCAAAUAAAAUUGUUAUUCUGUGGUUAUUCUCUUUUCCUUUUAUAUCCAUCUGAUAUUCGAUACUGGUCUAAUUUAUGACCUUAUUUUUUUCUCUCUUUAUUGUAUUUUUAGCCAUCAUGUCGAUUUCUACGCCUCAGUCAGGUGGCCGUCACCAUGUUGACACCCCAGAUAGUGUUUUCCUAUCCCCUGCGACCAGGCGUCAGCCAGUAAGUUUGGCUGGCACACCAACUUUGCAAAACUUCACCAGCAACGAUGAUGAACGGGAAAGGAAACAAAGGCGUAUGUCUAGGGUCAUCGACCUGCAGCUCAGUAAUGCUGAUUCCCCAGCAUCCACCAUCUCUCCAACUCACAGGUACAUCAAUGUGCAACAACUCAAUUAAAAAGUUGGAGGGGUUUGUUUACUAAAUAUUUGGCAAGCUUUGUUUGUAAAGUUUUUGGAAGAUAUAUUGGCAUUUCAAUUCUUCAUACUUCCUGUAUAUAGAUAGGCAGUGAAGUUUGCAAUAUGAUGACUCUCAUCUUCAGUUGCCUUGCUUCCUACACUUCACAUUGGCACCUGAAGCUGCUUUAAUUCUACUGCACUAGAACUAUACACUUUUUGUGUAAAUGUGCAUACUUAACUUCUCUAUGAAACAUAUUCAAUAUUUUGUUAUUUUUCUUGCUGUAAAAUUAUUUUAUCAUAGGUUCAGAUAGAUAUCAUUAACACAUUUAAAUUGUGAUUUAAAUGUAAUUUUUUUUUUUUUUAAUGAUGAUAAAAAACUAACCCCUGGCCUCAACUACACCAGCUGGAGAGCAAGAAACUCUCUGUGCUAAGCUUGACAGUAGCAGGGCUCAGCUCAUAUUCUGAUAGAAAUCACCUGAUGGUCUCAGCCAAUGAGCUACCUCUGUGCCCCAGAGCUUGGCUAAGGAGAGCUAACGAAAAUAAAAAAAAAAACACGAACUUUUGGCCCUCUGGCUAAUGUAAUGGAGCUCUUGAGCGGUGCUCAGUAGUCCCAGGUAAAAAGUCAAAUUGUUAUAAAACAGUUUAGCUACCUACAGUAUAAAGGGUCAGGGAACUUCUUGUGCCAUAACCACAACAGCAUGUUGUAGUGAUUACUUGGAGUGUUCAGCAAAAUUAUAUCUUAAUUACACAAGUGAGGUUAAAACUAAUUUUGCCUAAAUCUUGCAUCAUAGAGAAACCUUUGUUUGGACCAUUUUGCUGACUCAAAGCAUAUGUGCGCUCUCCAGACAGGCGGAGGGAGGGUGUUUUUAAAAAAUCAAUAAAUCACUGCUGCACAGAGGGAGCGCCCACAGGAUGGGAGGAGGGACAACUCUGCCUGCAAGGGGAACAUUUUGAUGUCCGUUGUCUGCAUACAGAAUUUAUGUUCAGAGUUGACAUUAGACAACCCGGAACACAGUUCUGGGCUGACAAUGUCACGUGUGCUGGGGGUGCAACUUGCUGAGUAACCCUUUCAUUAUUAUUAAUUUUAUUUUUUUGCUUUAAAUACAGACUUCGAGUACAAAUUAAUUGUCAUCUGUCCCAGUUUGAAUAUUUUUGAUUCCAUGUUGAAUAUAGUUUUAAUCAUUGUUGCCACUCUGCCUGUUCUUUAGGGGGACUGACACUCCCACUUCACUACUUCCAAAGCUGAAUAAUACACAGAUCUCUGAUCAUUACUCCACCUGCAUCAAACUUUCACAGGAAAAUGUGAGUAUUUACUGUUUCACUUUCCAACCCAGCAUUGCUUUCUUAAAUAUAUGGAGGGGAGUGAUGUAUGGUUGCAGACAAGACACAUAGAAUAUGUCAUACACAGGACCUUAACCCAAUUCGAAGCAUUAUGCACCGCAGAGACACACCUACCUAGGGGAAUCGCGAUGCUCUAUGCCAUGAUACCCGCAGCCACAAAGACCCCGCCGGCACCUUACCAGGCGAAAUGGGAGCACGCCUCGGGCUUGUAUUAUCGGAGGCCGAAUGGGAGAAGAUCCACAUCCUGACGCAUCAAGAAACGAUCAGCGCCAAGAUCCAGGAGCUUAAUUAUAAUAUUAUUAUUAUUAUUAUUAUUAUUAUUAUGAUAUAUACGUCAAAUUCCGCAGCGCUUUACAAUGGGUGGACGAACAGACGUGUAGUUGUAACCAGACAAGUUGGACACACAGGAACAGAGGGUUUGAGGGCCCUGCUCAAUGAGCUUACAUGCUAGAGUGAGUGGCCUUGCUGGUACAGGACGCCGACGCGACUGUUCCGCAUGGGCCUCUCCCAGACGGCUAGUUGCUGGGUGUGCGGCACGGCAGAGGGUACGGACCUACACAUAUGGUGCUCGUGUCCCGUCAUUGUCAGCUUUUGGCAACAAAUCCAUGAGAAAUUGAAAGAGAUCCUGGACUCAGAUAUUCCUCUGCAACCCCUUACAAUGCUACUCCACCACACCACGAUGCCCAUUGGGAGAUAUGAGAUCCCUCACGAAACACUUUCUGGAUGCGGCAAAGAGCCUGAUAGCAGCCAAGUGGAAGUCACAAUCAACCCCCAGGGUCUCAGAAUGGAUAGAGAAAGUAGAAGAAAUAUAUAACAUGGAGAGCCUUACGGCAGACCUACAAGAAGACAGCAGUUAACUGCACUAGACUGUGGGACCCCUGGAUAGACUAUAUGGCCCGUAGGCCUAGGAGAAUGGAGGCCCCGGAGACUGAGUAGCCGCGGCCUGCUCAUAGACGUGCGUAGCGGGCCAGAGGAGCGGUGGCGGACCCCCUGCUCGGGAGCUGCCAUCUCCCCCGUCUCGUCUUUCCACCAGGCUAUACAUGUUAAGAUCCUUUAAUCUUUCCUUGUAAAUUUUAUCCUGCAAUCCAUGAACCAGUUUAGUAGCCCCUCUCUGAACUCUCUCUAAAGUAUCGAUAUCCAUUAAAUGUUUAGUGUAAAGCCAGUUUAUUGAUCUGUAGCCCCACAUAUUUUUAAACUUUAAAUUCCUUUAUUCUCUACCAUAGCGAAACAUAAUUAUGGAAGUAGUAGUCCAAAGAAAUCUAGAAGGCUGCAGCUCGACAUCCCUUUUCUAGAUUUUUUUUUUUUUUUUUUUUAUAGAUCACAAUUCAGGUCGUUCAAUUCAGGUUCUUGCUUUCAAUACUUUCUUUGUUUAAAAUCACUUUUGCUCAUAUAUCCAACACAGUGCAUUAUGAGCUGUAUUAAUGCAUACUCUAUUUCUGUUUUAGAAAAUCACAACAAAAAAUGCAUUUGGUUUGCACCUGAUUGACUAUAUGGGAGACAUCUUGAAACAAAAGGACAGUGAACUGACAAAUUUCAAAGUGAGUAACUUACAUAUCAUGUAUUCCCUGUUCAAAGCUACAGCUUUUUGUCAGACUUCACUUUGCAUUGUGUCUUGUUCUGUAGGUUGCUGCUGGAACACUGGAUGCAAGUGCUAAAAUCUAUGCCGUUAGAGUUGAUGCAGUCCAUUUAGAUGUAUAUAAAGUUCUAGGCGGGCUUGGGAAAGAGUCGCAGAUUCCAGAGGAGUCUGAACAUCAAGACCCUGGUAUGUAACUACAACGAUACCUGGCUCCAUGCAUGACAAUUUCCAUGUUAAUGGCUCCUUACAUUAAAGCAUGCUUUCGUUGGAAAAUAUGAAAGUGGAGAAGGGCCACAAACCACCUUACGGACCUUUAGUCUGUAAGUGGAUCUUAGGCUUUUAUAGGAAAUGUAGAGGUAAUAAGUAAAUAAGCUAAAUGUUUUUUCAUAACCUGAGUUGUUUUUUUUUUUUUUUUAUUGCAUAUGUUACUAAGAGUUGUGACAUUGCGUCUCCUGUGAGGUGUCUGGCUAUUUUUCCCUGCAGUGUUUUCUUGAGGAGUACCCAAGCCAGUGCCCAUAAUGAUUUUGGCACUGACCGGGUAAACACUCCUCUCCCCCCCACAUGACUCCUCUCCUGCAAAUGUCAAAAAUAACAUAAGUUCUCAGUGAUCACUUUUCUAGCAGCCUAUUUCAUUACCCCUACUUAUACCCUUUGUGUCACUAUACCCCACUCCCUCUACCAUGUAAGCUCAUUGAGCAGGGCCCUCAACACCUCUGUUCCUGUGUGUCCAUUUGUCUGGUUCCAAGUACGUGUCUGUUAGACCUCCCAUUGUACAGCGCUAUGGAAUUUGCUGGCGCUAUUUAUAAAUAUUAAAAUAAUAAAAUCUUGAAAGCAGCUAAACUAAUUUGAACAUGCUAAUUUCAGUUGAAAUGUAGAUCAUAAAAAACAGAUGAAUGAAGAAGCAACUCAACAUCACACUUGUUCACUUUCAGAUAUUGAGGUUGAGAUCUAGGGUGCAGGAUAGUUCCAAUUUUUUUGAUCUGUAAUAAAAACAAAUUAACAUUUAGGGAGUAUAAUUGUAUAUUCAAAUUAUGUUUUCUUGACUUACUUACUAGUAAUGUUCUCAAUACAGAUGCCUCUACAGAAGGUCAAGAUGAUAAAAAGAAGGGGAAAAAAAGAAAGCGUUCCUACAAAACUAUUGAGAAAAAUCUAAACAACAUUAAUCGCUCUGAAAAUGAUCGCAAGAGUGAGGUGGGUGUGUACCAUAGGGAGGUACUUCACUAACUGAGUAUCCCCUGCAUACACCGCUUUUAUUUGUGUUCUGUGCUGUAUUUAACUUGUAUAAGCAAUAAACUAAAGUAUGUUAAAGUUAAUACCUGUCAUCUUGCCAAUUUGUUUCUGGUUUUGAACUGGUUAGAUUUCUUACAGUCACCGUUUUUCGAUAGUGGAUUAACUACAAGCUAAGUAUUUGUAUGUAUUGUUUCUUGUUGGUUUUGGUGUGGCUUGGGGUUUUUUAUGAUUUGUUUUUCUGACUGUUUUCUGAUUCAGUAACAAAAAAAAUAUUUUCUGACAAAUGAUCUGUUGCAUAUGGUUGAGUACAAAUUGGGCUGGUGGUUUGACUAAGCCUUUUUUGUGUUUCCAAGAGCUUGCUGCCACUCAGCAUGUCUGUUCCACGAUAGCUGACUCAGUGGCAUUGUUAUAUUUUACUGUACUACAAAUUUGAAAAGCAUACUUGAAUUUCAGAAGUAGCAGACCAGCCUACCAGUAAUCCCUUCUCUCUGCAGGUUGACCCCCUCUUCCAGAAGUCAGCUGCAUCGUUUGAUGAAUUUAGCACUGCUGGUGUCUUUCUUUCUACCCUUCAAUGUCACAAUUACCAUAGUGAGCUUCGCUUUGAGACAGAUGUGAAGCCACUUUCUACCAUUGAAGAAAAUGAUCCUCCAAGCCCAUUGUCUGUGGAUGUAUCGGAGCUGAAAUGUAUGUUGCAGUUGCUAACUGGAGUAAUUUAUUUAUUAUAUAAAAUGUUCUGUUGCAGAAGGUAGAUUUUUUUUUAAUUUUUUUUUACUCAAUGCAUAAUGGUGGGAAUCUGUAUUUCUGAGUCCAAGUUUGUGAAAAACCUAAUAAUAUAUAACAUUUAAAACAUCCAUUCCAUUUCAAGAGUGCAUGCCACCUAGUGUUUACUUAAAGGACCACUAUAGUGCCAGGAAAACAUACUUGUUUUCCUGGCACUAGUGCCCUGAUGGUGCCCCCACCCUCAGGGUCCCCCUCCCGCCGUGCUCUAGGGAGAGGGAGAGGAAGAGGUUAAACACUCACCUUUCUCCAGCGCCGGGCGGGGAGCUCUCCUCUUCGCCUCCUCUUCGGCUGAAUGCGCAUGCGCGGCAGGAGCUGCGCGCGCAUUCAGCCAGUCUCAUAGGAAAGCAUUUAUAAUGCUUUCCUAUGGAUGCUUGCGUCUUCUCACUGUGAUUUUCACAGUGAGAAGCACGCAAACACCUCUAAUGGCUGUCAAUGAGACAGCCACUAGAGGCUUUAGGGGCUGGAUUAACCCAUUUAUAAACAUAGCAGUUUCUCUGAAACUGCUAUGUUUAUAAAAAAAAAAAAUGGGUUAACCCUAGAUGGACCAGGCACCCAGACCACUUCAUUAAGCUGAAGUGGUCUGGGUGCCUAGAGUGGUCCUUUAAAAGACAACUGUCACCUCAACACUAUUUUUUAAUAUAAUGAUCCUUUCAUCAAGUUUUGAAAGGUAAUAGAUAUUUGUUGUAUGAAGUGUGUAUAUAUAAGAAAUGGAGGUAAAACACUCUAUCUUUAGUAUAUGACAGCAUCCUUCAGCCAAAUACAAACACCUUGGGUCAGACAGUAUUAGAAUUGGACAGUUAGUCGGGCUGAAAAUGUCACUGCGCUGUGCAGGGAGUAAACUAGGGAAGAACAUAAAGACUAAUUGCCAAAUUUUGUCACUGUCCCAAGCUGCAUGUAUAUGGCUGAAGGAUCCUGCCAUAUACGAAAGGUAAGGACUAGUUUUUAUAAUUUUCUUUAUAUAUACUUAAUUUAACAAAAAAAAUCAGAUGAAAAAAAUUUGAAGGGAAAAAAAAUCAUUAUAUUAAAAAAUAGUGUUGAGGUGACAGUUGUCCUUUAAAAAGCAAAGGACGUAAUGUUUUUUUUUUUUCUGAGUACGGUAACGGACUGAAAGAUAAAGUAGAAAGCCAAAGGUGAUUAAACCUGUUGCCAGGCUCUUACAGUUAGUAAACUACAUAGGUAACACUCUCCAAAACUGUUAUUGUUUUAUUACACUGGGCACUAUAAUUACCAAACCAACAUUAGCUUAAUCGAGCGGUUUUGGUAUAUAGAUCAUGCCCCUGGAGUCUCACUGCUAAAUUUUCUGCCAUUUGUGAGUUAUAUCACUUUGUUUAUGGAGCCGAAGCCACACCUCCCUACAUGUAAUGCACACAGUAUUCCUAAACACUUUCUGUAAAGUAAGAUCUAUUGUUUAAUUUUGAAUGUCUUAUAUCCUGUACUGUUAAUAGCUUGCAAGACCUUGCAGGAGCCUUCUGUGUGUGAUUAAAGUUCAGUUUACAGAGUAGAAGAUACACAUUUCUAAAUUUAACAUCUGAUUGAAAAUGAAACCCUUUUUGUUCAUGCAGGAUGUGUCCGUCAUGGAUUGGGGGAGGUGUGGCUAGGGCGGCAUGGACAGAAGCAAAAUGAUACUAACUCCUAAAUGAUUGAGCAGUGAAACUGCAGAAGUAUGAUUUAUAUACAAACAUUGCUUCAUUAAGCUAAAGAUGUUUUGGUGAAUAUUAUUGCUGUUUUACGAAGAUUUUUCAUUCAAGCAUUUUUAUAAUUAAUAUUUUAUUUUGUAAUUAGUGUUUAGAGUUCUUUAAUCUUUUCCAGUUUGUUUUCAGCUGAGAGAUCACUAAGUUAGGGUAUGUAAUGUUUUGACUUGCUUGUUUACAUUGACAGCUCCUCUAUCACAGUGUGUGGAGAAACGUCCGAUAUGUCCAUCGCUCUCAGGUUUUCGAUUCAUGCAGUGGGACAGUGAUCUUCAAAAUGAGGUGUGUCACACUUGCAUGGAAAAAUCAAUAACAUUGGGGCUACAGCGUUAAUGCAGUUGAUCACAAAUCAGAACUGGGGCUUACUUAAUAUACACUCUUUUCAUUUCUGUUCUUGUAAUCAUUGUUUCUUUUUUUACCAUUAUUUUUUUCUCUGUCCUUAGCAGUGCAUUUAUUUGCUCUUUAACCUUGCUGCUAUUCUUUCCUGUAUUAUAGUUUUGCCUACGCUAGUUCUGCCAACAAAUAGAGAAUUAUUUGCUAUUUAAUACUGCAACACUUCAUAUUUUGUUUGGUUUACUAUUCUAAUUAUUUUAAUGUUAUUAUUUGAAAGUGCAUACCUGACUUUGUAUGAAUCUGUAUUGGCCAUACGGUAAAAACAUUUAAAGUUCUGCUAAGCAGUUUAAGUAAGCAAUUAAUUACUCUAAAUGAAUUUACUUUCUUGUGGGUUAGCCAUAUUGGGUCAGACUCUAUUGAUAACUGAUUACCUGAUGCAGCUUUACAACAACAACAGAUAAGUUAAUGGUUACUUCAAUCACCAUGACCACUUCAAUAUAGGCAGCGUUUCUGCUUAUAAUGCUGAACAUACAGAGCAAUCUGCACUUGUGUGCCUUGGGAAAGUUACAUCCUCAGCACACAUUCCGAGAUGCCAAAUGCUAAUUUUGUGCAUAAAAUAUGUCUUUUGUCAGUGCACGGUGUAACGGAUAUGUUAAGUGUGGGUGUCCUCACCCUCCUUCAUUAAGUUGGGCCCUCCCCUCCUCCCUAUCACCUCAAUAAUGCAAUUUUAUGUUUUAAUUCUGUCCCACCCGCUCUACCUCCCUUUGCCGGUUCUGAAUGCAUGCUUGUGCUCUAAGCCAGUGAAACAAUCCAAUGAUUGGACUGCGCAAGGCCAUGGCUGACGUCUGGUUGAAGGCAGCGCCCAGUAAAUAUUUAAGUUGAGCAGCAUCUGGUCAGUUAACAGUAGACCCGACUGUUAUCAACAACAUGGCUGCUCAGCCAGAUAAAGUGAAAUAUUCUUAACUCAACUACAUUUGAUGAUGAUGUUAUUAUACAGACAGUAUCAUCGCUGAUGGAUAAGUUUAAGAAGAGCGACCAUGUGUUUGACAUUAAUGCUGAAGUAGAGGAGGACUGUGCAGAUGCAGCAGAUCCUAUAGCAGAUGACUUUGAUGCAGAUGCAUGUGAUGGAAUGGAAUCUGGAGAUCUUGGGGGAUUUUCAGAGCAUCGUGAAGCUUUUAGAUCGGAGCGGAAAGGGUAAGAAUCUGCUGACAUACAAAGGUGGAAUAGUAAGAAUGUUUUGAGAGUUCUCCAUUUGCACAUAAGACACCACAAGCUUCCUACAUGUCCAUUUCAAUCUCCCAGUUUAAAACUGUUAUUUUUGGUCACCUAGUACUUCAAAAAUGCAUGCUUAUCUAAACAUUGUACUUUAAAAGUAUUAAAAAUAUAUUGUUUCUUUUGAUCAUGUUCAAACAAAACCAACAGUAUUUUCUUCACCCACAAUUUUUGUUGGUAAAAUAUUUUACAACGCAGAGCUGUAAACUUGCUUUAAUUCAAAAUAUAUAGGUUACAUAAUGAUUAUUUAACUCUGUUUUACUCUGUUAAGCUGCACACUUUAUUUUGUGCAUUACUAAACUUUCAAGUUAUGUUUUCAUGUAUAAAAACACAACAGUUGACAUAAGACAUGAUGAUCGUAAAAUAGUAUUCAUGUUUCCCUAUUAUGUUAAAUGAAUGCAAUCUUGAUUGACCGCAAAAUACUCCAACCUAAUUGCCCCAUUUUACAGCAAAUCCUGUACUUGGAUUCUUAAAGGGUCACUCUAAGCAUUCAACUCGGACCACAUGCUUCUAUUCUGAGAGCACUUAUAAAUGCAUCCACUUCCAAAUGGUUUCACAAAGGACUUGGGUAGAGUGCCCAGAGACUACUGGCAACGUAACCAUUACCCUGAGCUGUAGUGGUUCUGUUGCUUAGCAAGUCCCUUUAUUUUCCUAAUCACUAGGAAACCAGUUGUACCUCUACUGUGUUAUGUAUGUGCUUUUCAUGCAUGUGAAUUACAAAAUGCUGCACAGACCAUGCAACUGUACAUAACACAGUUGUCUGAUCAUAACACAUAGUUGUCUGAUCAUAUAUUUAAAGUAGAAGAUGAGGGGGAGAAUUUAUAGUGCACGAGGCCUAUGUUUCUGAUAGCAUUCAAAUAAAUCUGGAUGAUUCUAUUACUGAGUUCAUUCAACUUACCAACACUUUCACUGCAGCCCCCAAAUAACUCAAAUUGGAAAUGGAGACAUUGACACCAUGUGCCUUCAGCUGUCCUCUUGUCCGGGAGAGUAUUCCUACUUCAGCCCUCGCACAAUGUCUAUGUGGGCAGGGCCUGAGCAUUGGCGUUUCCGUCCUCGUCACAAAGGUGGGUCUCUCUUACAUUACGGCUGCAAAAAUAUAGCCUGUGUGUACUCUUGAAUUACAUGAUUUCAUCUUCCUUUUACAGCUGAUUCUAGCACUGACAAACAGAAGGUCAAGAAGGUGAAGAAAGCUUUUGAGCUGAACUUUGAUGAUGACAUUGACUUUGAUGUUCAUUUCUGCAAAACCAGAGUAAGUUACGUCCUCCAGCAAUAACGCUAGCAGGCCCUCAAUAAGUGUGUUACUAAGUAUUUAGAUAUCUCCACAGCUUGCAAACAAAGGGCAACUAAUUUAGGAAACUUCACUAAAGACCAUAUGUGCUUUUAUUUUUUAUGUAUUGAUUUAUUAUAUACUAUUUUGGGGAAAUAUUCCAGAAUUUACAUUUGACUUAUAAUUUAUUUGCAAUUUAGAGAUGUGUUCUGGCAUUUUACCUUGAAAAUAUGUUUCAGAUUGCAUCACUUUUGGCAACAAAAUUAUCCCUUAUCCCUAGAUUCAACUUUUCAUGUGUAAGGAAUUAAAAAAAAAAAAAUGGCUGGCGGGGGCAGGGCCAGACCGCCUUGCUGAACAGUCACACAACAGAGCAACUUCAAUCUUUCCUAUUUUUAGCCCAAAAACACAGAAUUAGUACCUACCUAACGAAAAAUUUCCACGAGUUUCUCCCCUUAGGACUUUCUCAAGUGGAUAAAAAAUUUGAAAUGCUGGGAGAUGUGUGAUUGAGCGUGUUCUUGGGAACCUGCGUGCCACUUACCUUAUUCAACCCAUACUGAUUGUAAAUAGAAUGCUGUGAUGUGGAACACUGCAACCACUUCAUCUCAUUGAAUUCCCCUGGCACUGACCUUUUGUUCAGUGUUUUAACUGAUGCAGUGCUAAACAAGAGAUCCUCAGCGCCCCUCUGCUGCAGGCAGGGCAGCGAUGAUUAUCUGAGAGUGUCACUUGCCACCUAUUGUUGAUCUGAAUUGAUAUGGCUAAAGAAGAGUAUCAUCACUGCUUUAGUUAUACCUCCAAUGGGAACCCAGCUGUAGACGGCUUGGGACCCUAACUCAGCCUUACACUGCUUGAAAAUGGUUUAUUACUGCACUAUAAAUAAUUCAAUGAAUUCAACUGAUUAUUGUUUUUAGAGAAUGCCUUUUAUCCAGAGCUGUUUCAGAACAAUUUAGAGCUGAAUUUUCUCAAUUCAGUCAUUCAUCAAUGUAGUGGAUUUCCUACAGUUGCCCUGAAUGAUCUUCCUCAAAUUUGUUUCUAUAACUUUAACCUGAUAAAUAAUCUUGACUUGUUUGGGAGGCUAAUUGAAACACAGUACACCAGAAAUGUUUAUUUUUUAAUUUAUUUAAUUGUGUGGAAAUUUAACAAAAAAACUCAAUCCCUGGUAAUUCAAGUUUCCUUUUUCAAAUGAGUCUUAUUAUUGGUGGAGCCAUGUCUUUACCAUGAGAUCAUUUUUAUCUAAUAUCUUGUCUCUGCGCAGGCAGCUACAACUCUCACAAAGUCUACCCUGGGAAGCCAGAAUAAAAAGUCUACCAUACUUCCGGCAGAUUUUCAUUACGACCCAGACAACAUUGUAAAGCUAAGCUUAAGGCCAGUGGAUCGGGUAAUUAUUUUUCUGUUCUUUCUGCCCAUCAUCUUUACAUCCAGCAUGUUCCUUAAUAUAUUUCUUUCAUCAGAUCCGGAAGAUGCUUAAUAAAGACUCUGUUUCUGAGCACGAAGAUGUUAUUGGAGAAUAUGACUACAAUAAUCCCAAUGAUACCGCCGAUUUCUGUCCAGCCCUUCAGGUGAUUUCUGCAUCUCUUUAAAAUGACGCUCCAAAUACUUUCAAUAGUACUUUUUAAUGUGUGUCUAAAUAUUUUUUUUUUUUCAGGCUGCAGACAGUGAUGAUGAUGAUGGACCAUUCACUGGACCAGGAGAUGAGUAUGAUUUCAUACCAAACACAGGAUUACCUGAGAACCAGAUGAACAUCACCAGCUAUUCAGAGAGCAAUCUGGUUGCUGAACCACAGAAGGUGAAUUAAGUGGGAACUGGUAAUUGCUAGACUGGUAGAGAUGGUUAUGUUAUAUAUUGUCUUCUAAUACUUUUUCUUUCAUGCAGGUCAACAAAAUAGAAAUUAAUUAUGCCAGAACAGCCAAGAAAAUGGACAUGAAACGCCUAAAGACUACCAUGUGGGGGUUGCUGACAAACUUCCCAGACUCUGCAGAAGAGGUAAGGAGAUUGAUAAUAGGUUUUUCACUGAAAAUGUUAUCGCUUGCUUAAGAUAUACAAAAUAGGAAACAAAGAGCAAGUGCAGUAAGAAAUUAUUAUAAAAGUAGGAAUUAUUUUUAUAUUAUUAUUCUUAUUAUUAUUAUAGCAGUAAUAAUUAUAGAUAUGUCUCAAGCCCCGUUUUAUGCCGGACUUAAUAUGUCUUAUGUUUUCUGCCCAGGCGCCCCACUCCCUCUGAAGUUAUCAGGACAGUCUAUUCCCAAUAUCAACGUAAAUAAAUAAAUGUGCUAUUCCGUUUCUUAGACAAGAUGACCCAUAGAUACUGACUCAUCAGUAAUCAAUAAAAAAAUUCUUCUUUAUUUUCCAAGUAUGCAUAUUGUAAAAAAAAUAAAAAAAUCUAAAGAACGUACAAAACAAACCACAAACAGAGAGAGUCUUGAUGAUGUAUUGUAAUUAUAUUGAAAUGUAUAGCUUGACAUUCAGAUCUCUAUUCUCUGUGAGUCUGAGAUUUGUUCGCUGAAUAUACAUUCUUUAGAAUUUUUUUUAGGAUUCCCAAAAGUGUAUUUUAAAAAAAAAAAAAAAUUUUUUUUUAUUGAUUACCUGUGAAUCGGCCUACUUGGAUCGUUUUCUCUGAGAAAAGGAAUUGUCCCUUUCUGUAUUUACCUAAAAAUAAAUGAUUUUUUAUUCAGUUCUUUCAAGGAUGAAAUAAAUUAACAUUAUACACAAACUUGAAUAGUUAAUUGGAAUGUUCCCAAAUAGCUCUACAUAGAAAGAGUGGACUAAAGGAAAUAUGCUAAAUAUGUUUGUUUUGUUUUUUUUUAUGGACUCAAGAGACCCUCAAGCAAUGAAACUGAACCUGCAGGUGUCGCGCAAGAGAGCGUGUUCAGUAAUAUCACACAGGAUCUGCAGAAAAGGUAAGAAUUUACAGUUGCACUUAACACAAGUGUUUUUCAACUAUUUCCACAUCCCUAAUUGUAAUUUGUUUCUAAUUUUCAGGUUACCUUCAGUGAUGGCACAGAACCUGUCUGUUCCGUUGGCAUUCGCUUGCCUCUUGCACCUUGCUAAUGAAAAGGUAAGUGUGGAAGUACAAGUGCUGUCAGGAAAAAUAUAAAGUAAAGCGCUUAUCUGAGGCAAAGUUCUAAAAACAUAGUUAACAAUCAAAAAUUCACUAAGAUUCCACAACUCACUGUGCCACUUUUACUCUUGCAUAUGUGUCACUGUGAGGAAAUUCCUGGUUAUCCUAACAUUAUUUUUGUUUUACAGAAUUUAAAGCUACAAGGUGUGGAUGAUCUUUCUGAUGUGCUGAUAAUGCAAGGAGAUUAA